CCUCCCUCCCUCCCUCUCUGACUGUAUACACUUUCUCAGAAGAUUGAUCUAUGGCCAAGGGAAGAGGCACUGUAUCAUGCUCGGCUCGUGCUAUAGUAGCUUUGAUGGUUAUCUCAGUGUUGGUGCUUCAGUCUUAUUACGUUCAAGCUUCGACUUACAUUGUUGGUGAUUCUUUGAAAUGGGCCUUUAAUGUUGUGGACUGGCCUAAAGGCAAACAUUUUAAAGCCGGUGAUGUUCUCGUGUUUAACUAUAAUCCGAGUUUUCACAACGUGGUCGUGGUGGAUAGUGGAGGGUACAACAAUUGCAAAACUCCGGCAGGUGCGACAACAUACACUUCAGGCAAAGAUCAUCUAACUUUGUCUAAAGGACAAAACUUCUUCAUCUGCAAUUUUCCAGGCCAUUGUGAAGGCAAUAUGAAAAUUGCAGUCACUGCCGUUUGAUUUUCAUCAUGCAUUCAAGAUAGUACUAUGAUCUUCACUUUGUCUAUGUUCUUAAGAAAAAUAUA